GAUGAUAGGCAAUUAUCUUAUUAAGAGGUCAAAGAGGUAUAAAUUUAAUUUAGUAUAUUUGUUAGGAUGUCUCAGGGAGAGUACGCUGAUAAAACUGUGACUGAAGAGAAUUUUCUUGAAUUGAAUAUCAAACUGCCUACUAUUCACCCUUGUAAACAUGCUGAUACUCUUAAAUUCUUUGGGGAUUAAAUGAGAGAAAAUGGAUGUCCUGAAGUUAAAAUACAUCCUGAUAAUUCUUUAACAAUAUUUUUGAAGUUUAUGAAUUCAGUCAUUCCAACAAUAUAAUUCGAUUUCGUCAACACGGUUGAGCUUUAAUUAUUAAUUAAUUGAAAAUGAUAUCAGUCACAAUACUUAACAAUGUACUAUUUCCAUUAACCUAAAAUAGUAUUAGAAAUACUAUUAAUUUAAAAAUAAAUAAUCUAAACAAUUUGUUAAUAUUUGCAAUUUCUGAGCAUAUAUAUUUAUACUUUCUAUAUCAAUUGUGGGCAGUAGUUUUAGAUUUGGCUACGAUAGAAUACUGAAAUUAGGCAAGAUUUACUUGUGAUCACUU